AACACAACACAACACAACGCCAUUUUCAGCGAGCUUGGAGCCCGAAGCUGCGUGAAUCAGAAAACUAAAUAGGUCACAAGACUGACGGCAAAAUACGCAAAUAGAUUUUUAUUAUAAGAAACGGUUUGGAUUCGCCAAACUUUCCGUUCGCCACAUAUCGGCUAAGACCAAAUGAUUGUGAUCGGUUGGCCAUCUCUGAUGUGGUAUUACUGUCCAGGGCCUGGUUGAUGUAAAAAGUGAUCGCCUUUUUCACUGCGACUGCAAGCUAAACAAACCAGAACUUUACUUUGUGCUUUUUAGAAUGAAAAGGACAAAACUAUGUGAUGAAGAGCAGGAAGGAGUUGGAGGAGGAGGAGGAGGAGGAGGAGGUGAUGGCGGCUGUACGAGCCCCGGCCCCUUAGAGCAACGCAAGAGGCUGCGUGGACGCGACUUGGACAAAGACACCCAACCGAAGCAGGACCAACACCAGGAGCUUGACCCAGAGCAGGAUGAGAGCACCCCCAACUGGGGCCUCCUGCCCCAGGAGAUCCUGCUCCAGAUCUUCCAGUACCUGCCGCUGCUGGACAGGGCCUUUGCGUCGCAGGUGUGCCACAGCUGGAACCAGACCUUCCACAUGCCGGAGCUGUGGCGCUGCUUUGAGUUCGAGCUCAACCAGCCAGCCAGCUCCUACCUCAAGGCCACGCACCCAGAUCUCAUCAAGCAGAUUAUCAAGAGGCACUCCAACCACCUGCAGUUCGUCAGCUUCAAGGUGGACAGCAGCACGGAGUCUGCGGAGGCAGCCUGUGACAUCCUCUCUCAGCUGGUGAACUGCUCCCUGAAGACCCUGGGCCUCAUCUCCACGGCCAGGCCCAGUUUCAUGGAGCUGCCUAAGUCUCAUUUCAUCUCAGCACUCACCGUGGUCUUCGUCAACUCCAAGUCCCUGUCCUCCCUGAAGAUCGACGACACGCCAGUGGACGACCCGUCUCUGAAGGUGCUGGUGGCCAACAACAGCGACACGCUGAAGCUGCUGAAGAUGAGCAGCUGCCCACACGUGUCCCCUGCAGGUAUCCUGUGUGUAGCGGACCAGUGCCACGGUCUGCGGGAGCUGGCCCUGAACUACCACCUGCUGAGCGACGAGCUGUUGCUGGCGCUCUCGUCCGAGAAGCACGUCCACCUGGAGCACCUGCGCAUCGACGUGGUCAGCGAGAACCCGGGCCAGCAGUUCCACACCAUCAAGAAGAGCAGCUGGGACGCCAUGGUGCGCCACUCGCCCAAGUUCAACCUCGUCAUGUACUUCUUCCUGUACGAGGACGAGUUCGGGCCCUUCUUCCGCGACGAGAUCCCGGUCACUCACCUGUAUUUCGGCCGCUCGGUCAGCAAGGACGUGCUGGGCCGCGUCGGGCUGCACUGCCCGCGUCUGGUGGAGCUGGUGGUGUGCGCCAACGGUCUCCGCCCGCUGGACGAGGAGCUCAUCCGCAUCGCCGACCGCUGCAAGAACCUGACGGCCAUCGGGCUGGGCGAGUGCGAGGUGUCCUGCAGCGCCUUCGUGGAGUUCGUGAAGAUGUGCGGCCGCCGCCUCUCGCAGCUGUCCAUCAUGGAGGAGGUGCUGGUGCCCGACCACAAGUACGAACUGGACGAUAUCCACUGGGAGGUGUCCAAACACCUGGGCCGUGUCUGGUUCCCCGACAUGAUGCCCACCUGGUAGACGGGAGGGAGGGGGCAGCGCUUGUACGCUCACCUGUGGCCCAGGUGACCACCUGCACACCUCUCCUCCCAUCUCUCCCCUUCCUUUUUCUGCUAGAAUGAGACGACGUAGAGUAGUCCGCUCCACUUCAAAGACCAUCCUCCCGAGUGUGUUCUUCUCGACACGCAGACACACACACACACACACACAUAUA